CUUCGGGACGGACACCAGCGGCUGAAUCGUUCCCUGUGCAACAAAAACCCCACCGGUACGGCCGCAUUCUCUCACUCGGCACGGUCCAGUUUACGCGCAACGUCGUACCAGGCAGGCAGCCAGACAGACAACAGCAACAACACCAACGGGCAACAGUAUUAAAUGUGCUUGUGGUGGCAAAGUGGGCAAAAACAGCCGGGCAUUAGCUUUCGACGAGUGUAACGACGCAGCAACAUCACCGUUUCAAUGAAAAUCGAACCGGACUCAUCGACAAUGAGCUCGCCGCUGAAGGCGCUGGUCGAGUUCCUGCGGCUCAUUUACGCCAAGUGUUACCGCAAAGUGGUGCGCGAAUGCAACCAACAAAUGAGUUUCGCUAUACGCCGGCUGCUCCGUGCAGCCAUGUGCGUGUUUAGCUGGUUCGUCAUGCCCUACUCGCAGUGCGUCAGUAGCCGGAUAGAGCGCCGCAAGCUGCCACCGAUUGAUAAUCCGCUGCUGCUGCUGUCAGCUACCGUGCUCGCCGACCGCAUCCGCAAGGGGGAAGUGCGGAGCGAGGAUGUGGUGCGCGCAUAUGUCCACCGUUGCCAGCAGGUCAACCCACUGCUGAACGCCAUCGUGGAGGAUCGCUUCGAGGCCGCGCUGGAAGAAGCGCGCGAAAUUGACCGACUGCUGGCGAAGGGUGCGCUCGGAACCGUGGAAGAGCUGGCCCGCACAAAGCCCCUCCUGGGGCUGCCCGUAUCCAUCAAGGAAAGUCUCGCCGUCGAGGGCAUGAGCAAUACGGCCGGUCGGCUGCUGGCCGAGAAGAAGGUCGCCCUGAGCGAUGCACCGGUCGUGCGCCAGAUAAAGCGUGCCGGUGCCAUCGUGCUGCUGGUGAGCAACACGCCCGAACUGUGUCUCUGCUGGGAAACGUACAACCAGUGCACGGGGCUUACCCGCAACCCGUACAACCUGCAGCGCACGGCCGGUGGAUCUUCGGGCGGUGAAGCUGCACUGAUUUCGUCCGCCGGUUCCCUGAUGGGUGUGACGACCGAUAUUGCCGGAUCCUCCCGAUUGCCCGCAAUGUUUACCGGGGUGUUUGGGCACAAACCGUCCCCGUACGUAGUGUCGCCGUACGGACAUCAUCCGUCCUGUGACGAUGAAAACUGGGGAAGCUUUUUCACCCCCGGCGCCAUGACCCGGUACGCGGAAGAUUUGCCACUGCUGCUGGAAGCGAUGCGUGACCCGGAUGGUGCCCCCGUCACGCUGGACAAACCGGUACCGCUCGGUGCGGUCAAGUGUUACUACAUGGAGAACGACGGACCGUCCGGUUUGACGCGACCGAUCGAUCCCGACAUUGUGCACGCGAUCCGGGAUGUGGCCGCACACCUGAACGCGCAACGCGUCAACCUCAAACGGCUGCGCUGGACGCUGGACAUUUCCGUGUGCAAGAUGCUGCGCAUGAAGAACGUGGAAACGAUUUACAGCCCGCAGGCGAACGGCAAACCGGACACGACGAUCAAGCGGGAGCUGUUCAGGUAUCUGCUCGGCAUGUCCAAGUCCGAUCUGCCCUCGGUCAUGAUCGGGCCGAUGCAGCACAUCGUGAACAACUACAUUCCCCAGUCCCGGCUCGACUUUCUCGACAGCCAGACGGAGAAGCUGCGCAAAGACUUUAUCGAUCUGCUCGGCACGGACGGGGUGUUUAUCUAUCCCGGGUUCCCGAACACGGCCCACCGCCACUAUCGCAUCUUUCACAAGCUGGUCGACACGACCUACAUGAUGGUGUUUAACACCGUCGGUUUGCCGGCCGCCUCCUGCAUGGUCGGGUUUGAUCGUGAGAAGCUACCGAUCGGUGUACAGAUUGUCGCUGCACCUGGACAGGAUCAUCUCAUCUUUGCCGUGGCCAAAGAACUAGAACGACGGUUCGGUGGUUGGGUGCCGCCAUCCUAAACAGGAACCGAGAGCAGAACGGAGGAAGAACGGAGUGGAGGAUGAUGCCACCUCCGAUGCGGCCCAGCCGUCAUUAAGAUUGUGAUUCUUUCGAGCUUAGCCUAAGAUUUUCGUAACGUAUUUUCGUUUUUCACCUCUCGUAUUGUUAUGUAUGUAUGUGUGUGUGUGGUUGUUGAUGUUUUUUUUCCUUCUACAUUACAUUCCAAUGCGAUGUGUGAACUGAAAAAGCACACGCCAUUUGGUAAGACGGUACACGGGCAGGACGCUGCUACCGAACCGGUUGGUUGCUAGUUGCAAUUGUUUCCGUUUGUUGAUCAAUCGAAUUCCCCCACUUCCCACGGGGGUUGUACAUUCUAAAGUUUAAAAGGCACGCGCCAAUCAUGUUUAAUCUGUUAUGUUUGCAUGUGUGUAGAUCGAACUGGUGGUACAAGAACAAAUAUUAGGAAAGCAAAGAACAGCAACGAGACUGGUUGGCAGAAACAGGAAACGAUACACUUCAAAGUUUAACUGUGGACAACAAAUAUUAUAGAGAUUAAUAAACAAACAUAGUAAUUUA